UGUAUGUGGUCCCCACAGAGCUGCCCUCACAGUUGUACUAACAUCUGUCAAAGGACACUCACUCUUGGAGUGUAAAAGUACCAUGUUACUGAUGUCAUCUCUCCAUCUGCCAGCUGUGCUAGUGAACAUCUGCAACAGUACCACUGGGAAUACUUCAGGAACAGGGCAGGUUUUAAAAAAUGAAAUAUGCUUCAUGGUAUUUUUUUUUUUUAAUUUCAGUUUACAUGAACAAUAAGAUACUUUGCCCCAAAUGGAAUGUGUUUGUGAAAAUUCACUUCAGCUGAAUUUUUUUCACCAGGGUAAAAAAGUUUGAUGGAAAAGUUUGUGUCUGUAAUUCUGAGUCUUAUACAUCAAUAUAAAUAGCUCAACAAACAUUAAAGUUACCAAAUAGGAGUAAUAAAAUACAGUCCCAUCUACACAUAAUAGAUAGAAAGGGCUGGUCUGAUGUAUUACCUCUGUUGAUUCACACAGAUAAAUCACUGAACAUUUUUAAGGAUUUGGGCACCAAAACUUUAGAAAUGAAACCUGUUGGCUAAUGAGCAAUUAAAAAAUUUGAGAAAGGGCCUUUAUAGGAAGCUCUGCAAAAAAUGCUGUGUAAAGUUCAUUAUCAUUGUCUCCCUGAACCAACAACAACCUGGAUCAACAAAAACCACACCCAUAUGAUACCAAAGGUCAGUCAAAUCUUCUCCUAAACUGGGUUGUCUUUCUGAACCCCUCACCCCCAAAAUGCAAAGCCUACACCUGAAAUCCCCUUUUCCAAAAGUAUCUGUUUAAUUUCUUUCAUAGUUUCCACAAGUCACAGAAACAGAGUAGUUGUUGAUGCUGCAUCAACAAGUGAUGUGUUUCAACAAAAGACCACCAUGUGGUAUGUCUAAUUAUCCUGCUUUCAAAAGCUACUCUUUGGUGGUUUGCCCUUCAGAAGUGCUUGAGAUGUAUCUGGUGACAGACACAAUGCAGUGGUACAAAGUAGGAUGGUAGCCUUUUUUUUUUCCAGAGUUCUGCUAAUAAACUGUGCCCACUGGGAAUAUAAGAGGACAUAUCUACAUCCCAGGUGCAGGAACACCUCAGGUGACCAAGCAGAACCCCAUUGCCUGGCUUUGCAUUGUUUCUCGGUGGGAGAGAGCCAGGGUGCUGGUUCUGCAUUGGUACCUCCCCAUGGGACUAAAUCACAGGCACUGCAAUUACUGACCUGAGCCCCUGCUGACUAAGGCUCUCUGUGUUUUUCCUUGAUAUUGUUGCUGGAGACCACAGGGGGGGAAACCUGGUAUCACUGUCAAACUCCUCAAAAUUUUUUCCUAUAUCUUUAAAAACUGUAAAUGUGACUCCCCCAGGGAUGGAGGCUGGAUGUGAGGGGGUGACUCCAGCCGAGUUUGCUCUGCCUUCCCUGAGUGGGUGAGUGUUCCCACCGUUCUCCACUCCCUCAUUUUGUGGUUUGGAUGUAUUUUGAGCGCACAAAAGGCUCAUUGACAGCCCCUUAUGAUGGGCUGAAGGAGUGCUCCAAACAGACUGUUUUCCAGGGUCUUGUCCAGGCAUGAUUCCUCAUCUUUUACUGUUUGAAAAGCCGUCAUGACGUGUCCUGAAGAAACCUGUAGAAGAAAUGCUGGCCUGGUUCCCACUUGGCCAGGCUCCCAAGUGUGACACUAAAGGUCAGUGGUUCACUUCUGUGGAAUCCCAGUCCUCUCCCGCAUUCUUUUCCCUCCUCUUUCAAGUCCCCUAAUCUGAUAAAUCCCGUGGGGAGAGGCAAGAGAGCGAGGGGGAGGAGUACGUGAUGUAACCUCCGCUCUGGCAAAGUCCCGAGACGGCACCGCGGUGCCUGCGGCUCGUGGUGGCUUUAUGGUGGGUACCGCGGGGCCGCUCUGAAUCGCGCUUCUUAAGAGGCGUGAAGAUCCACCACGUCCGCGCGAGACCCAGCAGGUGAAGUACUCGCCUCGCGUGCGGAGAAGAAAGCCGAGCGUGGCGUCCGCUUAACGGCAGCUUCUCCUUUUGCCGCCCGCGGCGAGAGGAGCAGCGGCUGCGUGCCGAGGGCACCCCGAAGAAAGGGAGGUGCGAAGCCAGCCACGCACCGCUGGGGUAAGUCUGGUCCUGCUUUCCUGGGUUUUCCAGUUCAUUACAGGCUGAUGGUUUGGGAGGAAGCAAAGGGAGAAGCGGGGUGGAGUGAUCUGGAAUGCAUAUGGAUUGUCUGAGGGCAUGUAACCGUAUGAAAUCCCUGUUGGAUUGACUCUGAGCCAGCUGAUAAUCACCGACUAAUCUCUCUGCUGGCAGAUUCUGCCCGGAUUACAAGGGUGUGUGUCUCUGUGUCAGGAUGCAUAUGAGACAUGCUUGUGCUGCGGGUUUCUGGGUAUGUGUCAGAGAAACACGCCAAAAAGGGGUUUGACUGCCACGAUUGACUGCGGGAGAGAAAUUUGCUGCAAAUAUGCUUCUGUCACCGACACGGUGCUGUGUGUGCAGUUGCGUGUCAGGCUGUGAGGUCUGCAGGCAGGGAGGUGUAGAUAUAGCAAGUUUUGUUGCUUGUUAUGUUUUACCAGAGUAAAUCUGUAUACAACUGGGAUACAGCAAAGCCUUGUUAAUUUUAAUGGGUUUUAUCCAGAUGUGCAAAGUCAAAAGUGCAGUUGAUAAACAGUGCUAGGCAUGCUGUAUGCAUUUGUAGUUCUAGCAGAACUAUGUGGUCUGGGUAUUAAGAAACUGUUUAUAUUCAUAAGGCUCCUUAAAACACAUUUAUACUAGUACAAGAGGCCUUAUAUUCAAGGCUAGGUUGGAUGGGGCUUUGAGCAAAAAGUGGAAGGUGUCCCUGCCUGUGGCAGGGGGGUUGGAACUAGAUGAUCUUUAAAGGUCCCUUCCAACCCAAACCAUUCUGUGAUUCUACAAUUAUAUUAGGCUACAGUUUUCCCUGCCAUGUAAUUCACAAGCUACUGUGCUGCAGGGACCCAGUGGGCACAGGAGAGUAGGGGACAGGUCCAAAGGAGGUGUGGGUACUCUUAUACUCAGCAGUCUGAGAUGUCAAAAGAGAAAACGUGCUUUUCUCAGUACCAGGAGAUGAUGAAACUUGGAGGAAGCUGGUCCUGUGUAUUUGCUAAUGGAGAGAACUAGGGCAGAUAACAGAAGCUGUUGAAAGUAACUGCAGUAAAGUGUUUUCCAGGUGAACUUCCAAAUUCCAUUGAAAAGGUCUCCUUGCUAAAGGGAAGAGGAGGACCAUCCUGUUACAUAUGAGUAUUCUCUUUUAAUAUACUGUAUUACAGAAUAUAUACAAGAUAAAGCAAAGCAAACUUAAAGUGUAAACAGGGCCUUAGCCAAAUAACUGACAUAGCUCACUUAACAUCUCUGCAGUCGCAGCAGUACUGAAUGCCAAACUGCCUGCUAGCACUGUGAAUCUCCAAGAAUGCCUGCAGAAGAAUGCAGUUAUGCCACCUGGGGUGUGUCCUUGCAUGAAUGUUGUGCCUACACUGCUUUAAAAAAAUAUCAUGUGAUUGAUUUCCCGACAUGGUAUCUUGCAUGCAGCUUCUUAGAGUAUUUCUAGAGGUAAAACUUCAACAAAAUAUCAAAAUCUGGAAAUAUAAGCUAAAUAGCUAAUCAUUAGAGGGGGAUUCUCUUCCUUCCUUUUUUCAACAUGACUAAUCUUGGUCCAAAACUUCAAUUUCUACAGAGAGCAAACUAUUUUCUUUUCAUUAGCUGUAGUCCUGAGCCUUUGUCUAAGGAGCUUCCUUAUUCAGGACUCAGUCAAGGCUAGGAUAAACAGGGUUAAUCUGAUCCUGGGGGUGCUAAUUUUAAUUUCUUUCCAGAACUUGUGAUGGCUUCAACUUGGCAGAAAACUUGGGAAUUCUACAACUGGAUCCUUGAAAGUGGAGAUCCAAGGACAGACCCGUGGCCACUGGUGCACUCUCCAUUUCCAGUCACGCUUCUCUUUGCCUUCUACCUCUUUGUCGUGGCACUGGGUCCCUUCUAUAUGCGUCAGCGGAAACCGCUGAAGCUGCGAGGCCUGCUGGUUGCCUACAAUCUCGCCAUGAUGACAUUAUCAAGCUACAUGUUUUAUGAGUUUCUGGUAACUUCGGUCUUGGACAACUACAGCUACCUUUGUCAGCCAGUGGAUUACAGCCGAAGUGAACUAGGAAUGAGGCAGAUGGCAAGAGUGUGUUGGUGGUUCUUCUUCUCCAAAGUCAUCGAGCUGCUUGACACGGUUUUCUUUAUUCUGCGGAAGAAACAAGAACAGGUGACUUUUCUGCAUGUGUACCAUCACGGCACUAUGCUCUUCAACUGGUGGUCAGGGGUCAAAUAUGUGCCUGGAGGACAAGCCUUCUUUAUUGGGAUGCUAAACUCCUUUGUACACAUCUUCAUGUACGGCUAUUACGCCCUGGCCAGCCUGGGACCACAGAUGCACCCUUACCUAUGGUGGAAGCGUUACCUAACCAUCAUGCAGCUGUGCCAGUUUGUAGCCAUUGCUGCUCAUUCUUCCUACAACCUCUUCACAGAAUGCCCGUUCCCUGAUGGUUUCAACGCUGCAGUCUUCCUCUACAUUCUCAGCCUCAUUGCUCUCUUCCUACGGUUCUACUAUCAGACCUACAUUAGGGGAAAGCAGGAGAAGCUAACUUAAAGAAAAUCAGAGGAGAGUGAGUGCAGUCUGAUGAACUUGCACAUUCUCAGCUGCUUCUAACAUGAUCGCAUGAAGAAAAUGUAUUUGGGGAGUGUGUGUGAGGCUUGUGUGCAGACUUCACAGUUGCCUUCAAAUAUCUCAAGUUAGGAGGAAAAAAGGAAUGCCAUAAACUCAGAGAUUAAGGUAUUGAGGAGCACACUUAAUUAAGCUGAUGCAAAGCCAAGCCAAGUAGUCCUCAGCAUAGCAGCCUUUGUAAAAUUAGUACCAGAUCUCCUUCCCCUCCAUCUGUUAACUCGGUUUGCAAGGUCUAGCAUCCAACCAUGACUCCUUGGCUUUUUUUCUUAGGCUAUAGAGGGUUUCUUUGCAUUCAUAAGACCAUCUCAGCUUACUGUUCUAUAUCGGGCAGGGUCAGGUGCCUUCAGCCUUGAAAGCAGUGUCCAGGUAACAGCAGCAGCCAGGAACUCACUGGGAUGGCAGGAGGCACUCACCUGUACACUGCAUCCCAGCCCUUCCCAUUGAGGAAGCUCUCAUUAGGACUGGGGUGAAAUUAUGGCCAUAUCAUCCUGAUGGUUUAACUUUAUAUUAGCACAAGCGUGAAGGAAAUUGGACAUUAUGUUGUCCAACUGGACAUGUGCCUCUGUUCCUUCACUGUUCUGAAGCUAAAGAAGGCAUUAUUAGCACUUUCAUCCUAAGACAGACACUAAUGCGGGCUUUCAGUGAGGCUUUCAGCAAGAUGAAUGUGGGCAAGCCUGUCUUUUUCUCCGCACUUUAGCAUAAUGCCAUCUGCCUGCAAAUUCAGGAUGUGAACACUGCAACACAACAUUUAGAAGGGCUGGAAACUUGGGUUUUAAUCAAGGGAGAAUUUAAAUUCAGUGUAAUCUCUCCCAGGCGUCAGAGAAGCGCUACUCCCUGUUGUUGAUGAAGGAACGGCGGAAUGGAUACAACCAUUUGAGAGGCAGCAAAUUUACUAGCCCUCUGUGCACUUUCCUCUGCUCUGUGCGAUGCCCACCGUCAGCCCCCGUAGGCUGUGUCCCCAGAAAGCCAUCUGCCACGGUCCUGAGGACGCUUACUGUGUGGGGGAAUUUUUGAAAGUGCCUCUAGGAUUGAGAAGGGAAGUGUAAGAAGAGGGUUGAGAACGGAUGUGGGGGUUUUAUGAGGGGUGCUUGAAAGAUUGGGGAGAGAUCCGUGACGGUUAGCACGUAUACGUCCCUUUAGGGGGCUGGGGUUUGUUCUCGGACUCGUCUAAUGCAAUGACAGGUCACGGGGCGGUUGCAAGCAAAGGCAAAACGUAACCCUUGUGGGAGGAGGUCCUUGGAAGGGGGUUUUGCAGAUGGGGAAAAGGGCAUCUAUGUUCAAACACAUGCAGGAACAGCAGGCUGAAUGAAAAAAGUAGAGAGGUGAGGCAGCAGGCACAGGUGCUGGCAAGUCCUCUGUUUUACGUUGCGUUACUGGUUAUAUUUGUAUGCAGAUGAAAGGACAGUUGAGUGUCUGUGGAUGCCUGUGACUGGCCCUGUGAAAGGGACAUACUCACGGAGCAGACGCCAAAGGCGUUUGCUGCGAUAGGCAGGUGGCACUGUUCCUGGCGUUGCAAGUUAUUAAUUUUGAUGGCGUUGCCUCCGGGAGAUCUAUAUGAACUUGUCUAGGGAUGUUUCCUCUUGAAAUAAAUGAUUAUUCCUGAGGUGAGGUUUGGAGGGAGAGUAUCUUGCAUUAGAGACAGAAAACCAGAAUCAUUUUCCCGUGUGUAAGCCCUUCCUCUGGUUAUAAUCCCUGAUGUACAUUGAUAACAGAUCAGCUGUUAUUUGUUUGGGUACCCAGGUGUGGUGGGUUGACCCAAUAGACCAGGUAUGUCUGUAUUUUUUGCAGAGUUUGCUAGUCCUAAAGGGUAUUAUACUACGUUUUGCAGGUUUGAUACAUUAUUCUGUUAAAUAACUGUAAAUCAAAGGGCCAUUAUUUUCAAAGGGCUGCUCCAGAAAACGCACCUGUAGUUUUGCUUCUAGGAAUUUCUUGUGAGAGUGAAGUGGUCCUUUACUUCACCGGCACGGUGGCAAAACAGGUCAGUGAUUCUGUGCUCCGUUCUCGGAGGUAAAUUACAGAACAUACCGUGUCAUGGGGAAAUCAUUGCUUACAGUAACCAUUUAGUAUAGUUAUGGUUUUCUAUUUUGGCACUGUUUUUAAUAUCUUUGGGCAUGUUUCACACACAGAGGUAAUGUUUUAAAUUAAGUGAAAACCCACUAAUCCCAGUGAAUCUAGGUAAACUGUUUGAUGGAACUAUGAGCACCAGCACAAGGAUUCGGUAAAAAUGUCACUGCAGUGAUGCCAACUGGAAGGCAAAAUGGUUUUUCACUUAAUUUAGUAAUUUUUAUACUUGAUUUUGUUAGAAAUCCAGAAACUCUGCAAGAGCGGAGUGGUAUGCAUACGUAUAAAGUUUUGAUCCUACAGUAUUUGUAUGGGUAUUUAGUAUAUUCCCCUGUAGACCUUAAAUAGAAUAGAUGAGUUUACGGUUUGAAUAUAGAAAAUGAGAUCUUGGCAUUGACUGUAUUCCUGAACUGUAACUCAAGUUAUUGUGUAAAGCUGCUUCAAUUCCUUUUCUCUAAUAAACUGUGCAUUUACCUAAA